UUAAACAUACAAACACACAAGUCUUGGGAUUUUAAAGGAAGAGGUCUUAAUAUGGGAAGCCUUAGGGUGUUGAGGCAUUGGCCUCAACUUAUGUAUGCUUUUGUUUUAUUAGCCACCAUCGUUGUAGCCGAUAAGCCUUACGGUUAUAACUCUCCACGGUCUAAAGGCUGGAAAUUGCCACCGGUGAAGCAUACUUUGCCAAAGACGCAUUACGUUUACAAGUCUCCACCACCACCGGUAAAACACACAUGGCCACAUCUACCUUAUCUUCACAAAUCUCCUCCACCAUCUCCAUAUGUCUACAAGUCUCCACCUCCUCCAUCACCAUCCCCACCACAUCCAUACGUUUACAAGUCUCCUCCACCACCAUCACCUUCCCCACCACCUCCAUAUGUGUACAAGUCACCUCCACCACCAUCACCUUCCCCGCCACCUCCAUAUGUGUACAAGUCUCCACCACCUCCGUCACCUUCCCCGCCUCCUCCAUAUGUUUACAAAUCUCCACCACCCCCUUCACCUUCCCCACCUCCUCCAUAUGUGUACAAGUCUCCACCACCCCCGUCACCUUCUCCCCCACCUCCAUAUGUGUACAAAUCUCCACCGCCUCCGUCACCUUCCCCACCACCUCCAUACGUGUACAAGUCACCUCCACCACCAUCACCAUCUCCCCCACCUCCGUAUGUAUACAAGUCUCCACCGCCUCCGUCACCUUCCCCACCACCUCCAUACGUGUACAAGUCACCUCCACCCCCAUCCCCUUCCCCACCUCCUCCAUACGUGUACAAGUCACCUCCCCCACCAUCGCCUUCUCCCCCACCUCCAUAUGUUUAUAAAUCUCCACCUCCACCAUCACCAUCUCCGCCACCUCCAUAUGUAUACAAGUCUCCUCCCCCACCAUCACCACCUCCCCCAUAUGUGUACAAGUCACCUCCACCACCAUCACCUUCCCCACCACCUCUAUAUGUUUACAAGUCUCCUCCACCGCCGUCAUCAUCUCCACCGCCUCCAUAUGUGUACAGGUCACCUCCGCCACCAUCACCAUCUCCGCCACCUCCAUAUGUUUACAAGUCACCUCCACCACCAUCUCCUUCUCCCCCACCUCCAUAUGUGUACAAGUCACCUCCACCACCAUCUCCUUCUCCCCCACCUCCAUAUGUGUACAAGUCAUCUCCGCCACCAUCACCUUCCCCACCACCUCCAUAUGUAUACAAGUCUCCACCUCCCCCCUCACCAUCUCCUCCUCCUCCAUAUGUAUACAAGUCUCCUCCCCCACCAUCACCAUCCCCACCCCCGCCUUAUAUCUACAAGUCUCCUCCCCCACCAUCUCAUGUACCACAACAUUCAUACUACUACCAAUCACCACAUCCACGAUCAAAGUCGCCCCCUCCUCCAGCUUAUUACUAUAAGUCUCCCCCACCACCAAGACAUUAUUAAAAGCACAGACUUAUUCAACAAAGAAGAUUGAGCCAAUUUUCACUUCGCAUGACCAUCUAAAUGUUUCUUUUCAGUCAACUUAUUUGCUUUUGUCAUUCAUUCUUAUUUAAUUGUAUUUGUGAGUUAAUAACAUCUCACCGUGAAAUGAUGUUUUAUGUUUUACUGUUUAUUUGUCUUAUUCUUUCCCUGUAUCAAUAAAAAUAGAUUAUUGCUAAUUCUCACUUUCCUUCUUUUUCC